AGUCAGACUGGCAUAACAGGUUUARCACAUAAAUGCAAUUAUGGUCAAAAUAUGUGCUAGAUAGCCCAAUGAUUGUUAAACAGUAGUUGUAYACUCUGUAAUAUCAUUCAUUGGACUGCAGCAAAUAUUAUUAACUAAUCAUUGCCAGAAAUUACGGACUUUUCGAGCCCGCGAUAUCUUUCAGCGGMAAACCCAAAUAAACACGGAAACAAGAUGGCGGAUAGAGGGAAACGUGAGAUUGAUUGUGUUUCUUACAAAGUACUGAACAACUUGAGCAGCGUGGACUUGGAACCAGUGAGAAAAAAAAGAAAGACUCAUCAAAAACACUUAGGCUUUUAUGAAGCGAAGAGAAUAAUAGGAAGAAGACAGGAUGGAGAGGGAGCAUUGUUUCUGGUCAAAUGGAAAAAUUAUAGCGCCUUUGACUGCACUUGGGAGCCCAAAGACCAUCUCUCACAGGCAUUGCUCGACUAUUUUGACAAUCCUAGGCCAUCUAGAGAGUUGGUGCAAGAUCAUGUGGACAUCUUGAGAAGUUCUAUUAUGUCUACUCUUAAGGGGAAAGCAGUCUCACAAAAUAUGACAAUAAAUUUCAGACAUGAUGWCUUUAAACAUUUGUUCUAUAGAAGAGGAAGAGAGUUAGUUWACGGCAAAUGGAUUAUGUUUGACUCAAUUGACUUUGCAAAGUGCAAACUACCAAGGGRAUGGUGUUGUAUCUUUGACCAACAUGGUGAUGGAUCAAAAGCCCACUUCCCCGUAAAGAUGAGAUAUUUUCUUGGAAAAACUCCAAAGUCGUAUUACUGUGAUCACACUGGAAAUAUCAAAGAGUGUAAUCCAAUGUACAUUGAAAAAAUUUCUAUGGGAUUUGUUAAAGUCACUGGUAAAUCUGGACAGCACAUUACUAUAGGGUCUAAACAGUAGAAGGUAUGCAAUGRUUAUAGCAGCACUAAGGGAUAAAAACAGUAAAUUUAUUUGUUUUACUCAUGGUUGUUUUUAAAACUUUGCAUCCUUUUAGUGUUAUUUAUAAAUUGAAAUAUUAAAAGUUAAAAAUGUUUAAGUUAAUUGUAUUAAUUUUCAACUUUUCUUGGAUUUGAUGUACACUAUAUCUAUACAUGUUUAUAAAUAAAUAAAUAAAUAAAAUU